AUGUCCGAUCCCAAAAACCCCAAUAUUCAGAGUAGAAAUACUCCACAAUGGGCACUCUAUCAAAGAGAGAUGUUCUGGAAAGAUAAUACUGGGGAAACCCCUCCAUUUAGCACAGACCCAGGAGAUCUGGAAGACUUGGCAAAGGAAUCAUUAACAAAAGGUGGAUGGUACUAUGCUUCCUGCAAUGCAGGCCUAUCGUACACACAUCUAGCGAAUCGACAAGCCUUCUACCGGCACAGAAUUGUCCCUCGAAUGCUCGUUGAUACCAACAAUCGUGAUACGAAGACGGAGAUUUUCGGCUACAAGGUCAGCGCACCCAUUGGAUUCGCACCUAUCGGCAUCAACAAGAUUUAUAACCCUCUGGCUGAGUUACCAGUAGCUAAGGUAGCUAAAGAAUUGAACUUGCCGUAUUGUUUAUCCACCGCAGGAUCGACUUCAAUCGAGGACGUGGGAGCUGCAAAUGGUGCCGGGCCUCGAUUUUUCCAACUAUACAUGCCGCAUGAUGAUGAAUUAACGCUGAGCUUGUUGCAGAGAGCACAUGAUAGUGGAUUCACAGCCUGUAUCUUGACAGUAGAUACAUGGCAGUUGGGUUGGCGACAUCGUGAUGCUGCAACUUCGAACUAUGCUUUCUAUCAUGGUGUUGGAGCUGAUCUGGGAUUGUCUGAUCCCGUCUUCCAGAAACGGAUGAAGGAUGCUGGUAUCGAUCCAAAAAAGCAGCCAAAUGAGGCUGGAGCGAUGUGGGUUGAUAAUGUUUGGCAUGGACGUGCCUGGUCAUGGGAAAAAAUGCCUUGGCUGAUGGAACAGUGGAAGAAAAUCAGUGGAGGCAAACCCUUUUGCUUGAAGGGUAUUCAGCAUGUUGGAGAUGCAAAGAAAGCUGUAGAGCUUGGCGUUGAUGGUAUUGUCGUUUCCAACCACGCUGGACGACAGGUUGACGGAGCUUGUGCAAGCUUAGAUGCGUUAGAGAAAAUCGUCGAUGCUGUUGGUGACAAGACAUACAUUAUGUUUGACUCUGGUAUUCGCGGGGCAGCCGAUGUGUUCAAAGCCCUAGCUCUAGGGGCUAAAUUUGUCUUCGUUGGAAGGUUAUGGGUUUGGGGGCUCAGUAUCAAGGGCGAGUUAGGAGUGCGACAUGUCAUGAAGUCCCUCUUGGCCGACUUUGAUAUCUUAAUGAACGUAUCUGGAUACCAAAGUGUGGAUCAGAUUGACAGGGACAGCAUCGUGAGUCUCCCGAACUCUGCAAGUAUGAUUGCAGAGAAAUCGAAACUAUGA